ACAUUCAGUCUGCAUCUGAAACACUGAAAAUAGACGGCCGUCUGAAACGAAACGGCCGCCCCGGACGGCAACCGUCAAGUUCACCCCACGCUCACACACCCCCACUCGAGCAGGGGCAUCCGAUUUGGCGUUCCCGUCCUCGCUUUCGUCAAACCGUCCACCGCCAUCCUUGCCGGCUAACCGUCAUCCGCAGGCCCAUGGAGUCCGUGUCCGUCAGUUGCAUGUCCACGGCACCAUCCGUGCUGCCGACGCCACGUUCUAGACACGGACCCGCCAUUACACGCGUCGCCAGGAAUCUAACCAAUCUUAGUCCUCUCAGUAAUUUUAGUGGUCUUCGUUCAGUGAGCUGCUCCGGUCACGAAAUCUCUCCGAAUCUGGUAACAAAGUCAGCGAGACGAUUACUAUCGCGGACAAGCGGACGUACGCUUUGUGUCACCUCGGCCACUGACGGCGGUAGUUCUAAACCGUCUGAAUCGUCUACCGCGAAUGACGCAGCGGCGAUUAAAGCCAGGCUCCGCGCCGCGAUUGCUAAGUCGGAGCGCGGAGUGAUGACAGACGAGGAGAUUAAUCGCGAGAUUCUGGCAGCCAUAGAAUCUUUGGAAAGGCUAGUUGACGUGGCAGUGACUGUGACUACGUCUGACGAAUCAUUAAGCGCCACGUGGAAGCUUCUGUGGACGACUGAGAAGGAAACUCUGUUCAUAUUCAAGCAAGCUCCCUUCUUUGGAACCAAGGCGGGGGAGACCUUCCAAACCAUAGAUGUUCAAGGAGGCACGCUGAGCAACACCAUCACCUUCCCCCCCUCUGGCAUGUUUGAUGUCUCUGCAUCCAUUCACGUCGCCUCCGCCCAACGCGUGAACUUCCAGUUCACUGGUGCGCGACUAGUCACUGCUUCGUGGACCCUACCUGUCCCGCCGUUCGGUCAAGGAUGGUUUGACAACACGUACAUUGAUAAUGAAAUCCGCAUUUCACGAGACUCAAGAGGGGAUGUGCUUAUUACAGAGCGUAGCACAGAAAUGUAACUACACUGGCACAACCAUCAAGAUGCUGCUGUGCAUUUGCAUGUAUUUUGGAGGAUGCAACAAUAACAGUACAGCGCUCACAUUAGUAUGCUGCUAGAGCUGGAGGCUACCCAGGAGACCCCCUCACUAC